UAGUAUCAAGUCUUUUAUAUAGAUAAAUAUAUAUAUUAAUAGUCAACAACUGAGGGCACACACUAUUUUUAUUACGUAUGUAUAUCAUAAUAAUUCUUGGAAUUUAUUAUAAACUUAUAUAAUACAUGUACUUUUUUUUUUUUCUUUCGUAUUUCUUUUUUUAUUUUUUCGUAUUUCUUUUUAAUUUUAUUCUGUUAAUAUGAAUUCUGAUAGUAACGCGUUCAAGAAUCUUGAUAAGGUCCCAAAUUUAGUGAGUGAAGAGCCAAGUGAUUCUACUCCUCCAAAUACGUCUUACAUGGAUAUGUCUGAAAGUAAAUUUUCAAACAUGUUAGAGCAACAACGUAAAGAAAUAACUAAAAAAUGCAAGAACACAUCUCCACUAUCAUCGGAUAGAUUAGAGAAAGAAUUUGCUCGAACUAGGCCAGAAAAGGGAUCCGUUGAAGAUUUUACACUUGCAGAUUGGGAUGCUUCAACUAACUAUCAAGAUAAAGACCAUAAAAGUGAAUUAUCUAAACGUAUGUAAAUUUUAGGUUUUCCCUAUAAUAAAAUUUAUUGGUAUUAAAUAUUUAUACAAAGCAUGACCUGAUUGGUUAAAUUUUAUUUUUA